AUGACUUAAAUGACAGAAUUGCAUGAGGAUAUCUUUUAUACUUAGUUAAAAACAUCUAGAAAAACAUUAUCUGAGGAAAUAAAAUAUAAUUAUAUUGUAAAAGGUAUAUAGGAAUUGGAAACAAAAGAAAUAAAAAGAAAGUUACUUGCUUUUAUAAUUAAAAGAGAAGAUUAAAGUUCUAGUGCCAUGAUUUUCGAUACUCCUUCAGAAUUUUAUGAAAAGCAAAAUGUGUUCAUAAAUCUGAUAUCAGAUAAAAAUAUCAUAUUAAAAUAAAUUGAUCCUAUUAACAGUUUAUUAAUGUUUCUGUAAGCAAAUUCAGCAAUAGAUUAAAUAAAGGGACUUUUCAAAUUUACCAAGACUGUAGGAUUUAUAAAUUAUAAUUAAUUGCUAAAAUAAUCAAGUGAUAAGUUAUACAGACUUAUGAAAAAUGUUUAAAAUGUAGGAGAAUACCAAAAAAAAAUGAAAAUUUUAGAAAAGUUCUACAAAUAAGAGAAAUAUAAAGAGGUGUUUUAGGAUCUGUCAAAUUUAUACAAAUAGAAUAAAUUGAACUAUGAUAAUGUUGAAAUUGAAGAAAAGGAAGAAAUUGAGAACCUUUGUUAAAGAUUUAGCUUUUAUGACUGGAUAGAUGCAUUCUUUGAUGAUAGCAGCAUUUUAAAUCCUCAGAUGAUACUUCAAGGGUUACAUCAAAAACUUGAAGAAUCUAGUUUGCCAGUUUUAAAUUCAAUUAAAAUUGAAAAAAUAAUUAAAUUUAAGCAUCAAAACAAUUAGAUCAACUAAAAUAAAGCAUCUUUUAUUUAAAGAUAUUGGAUCAAGCGCUUUUAAAAUAUUAAUGAUAAUGAAAAAUUAGAUUUACUAAUUAAAAAUUCUGAUUUGAUAAUUGAAUCAUUCUCUAGCUGCUCUAAACAAGAAUUUUAAAACUUCAUUAACGAUUUCUUUUCAGUUAUGGUAAAGUCAGAUUAUCUCUUCUAAAUAUUCUAGAAUUCAAUUCAAUAAUUUAUUGAUAAAUAUGAUAAGAAAGGUGAUUUAAUUUAAUAAUAUUUCACAAACGCUAAUUUCUCAAGGCUCAAAGAAAAUAUCCAAAUUAGCUUAUUUAUCUGCCUUUAUGAAAAGAAGAUAGUCUUAAAUGUAGAUUUAUAAGAGAUGCUUUUUAAAGCUGGCACUUCGUAGAUUAGUAUUGAGAGUAUAAUCAAAGUGUUUUCUCUUCUUAUUUCAGAUAAUCCAUAAUUAAUAUACAUCUAACCUCUUUACAAUAUAUUUAAAAGUUAAUGCUCAUAGCUAAAUUCUUAAGAAAGCUUUAAAGUUAUUAAAUACAAAAUCCAACUGCUUUCUUUAGCUUAAUAAUAGCUUGAGAUUUUACAAAAAUCAAAUCAAAUCAAUAAUUAAUAAUAAAUUGAAAGUAGUUAAUUAGAAAUCAAUAUUAUGGGAAAUAACCAGAAUAAGAAUAAUGACAAUAAGCAUCAAGUCCUGAAUGAAGAAGACAUUCUUUAAUUGUCUUAUUAAAUGGAUGAAAUAAUAAUAAAAAAAUUAGUAAUCCUUAGUACAGAGCAAUUAUGUAACUUAAUAAGCAGCUUAAAUAAAAAAGAGGAAUUUUAAUGCUUAUAAAUGCUCAUUAAAACAAUUAUAAGUGAAUAAUUAGAGUCAAUGAAGAGUAGUGAUUUAAAAUUUAUAGAUUAAUUCAAUAAAGUUUUUUCUUGCUAUCAAAGUUUAAUUAAAAUUUAGAAAAAUGAAAAAGUACUCAUGAAAAUAGUUUAUUCUGAAUUCGAAGAUCAUGCUUUGAAAAAAUAUGAAAAAUCUAAAUAAAUUAAUAACCAUUUUUUAGAAGAAUUUGCCUACUAAAUUAUUAACUUAAAGCUGUCAGAUAGAAUUUAUAAUUAAGUUUUGCAAGAUUUGUAAAACUUCUCAAAAUUUGAUAUUUCAAUGAUUGAUAAAUUAUUCAAUUCAAAAGUUUUCUUUAAUAUCUUCACUUAUUUAGAAAAAAACAUUGGAACUAACUAUUAGUAAUUCAAGUAAUUUGUUUAUUAAAAAAUAUAAAUUUAUAGAGAUGAAAGAUAGAAGCUUAUCAAAUUUUUUGAGAGAACAAAGCCAUACUUGGAAGAAGACUAUAAAAAUUUUUUAAAUUAAUUUAAGACAAAUUAAAUAUUUGAAAAGUUAGACGAAACACUGUGCUAAUUUAAGCAUUUAUAAUAUAUGUAUGAGCUAUUAAAUAUGUUCUAAUCAUCUGUUAUAUUCAACAAAAUAUUCCUAAUAGUUGAAGAGAAAUAAGGUGAUGUACCAAAAACAUAAGAUAGUCUUAAGUUAAUAUUUGAAAAAAUAAAACAGAAUUUCAUUUAAUUUACCUAAAUUUUAAUUCCAAAUGAAAACAACUAACAUGUUCUUCAAGAAUUUGAAUUUUAAAAUGCCAACAAAGAGAAUUAGAAUUCAUAAAUUAGUAUAAUUAUAGUGCAAAAUAUUUAGUAAAGUCAAAAUAAAUUUGAAAUAUUUGUAGGAAAUAUUAUAACAUUCACUUAGCUAUAGCAUUUAUGUGGAACUACGUUUUAGGAAUCUUUCAAAAAUAUUCAGUAUUCUUUGAAUUUACUUCGUGCUAACUAUAGUCCUCAAUUGCUUGAAUAAUUACUUAAAAAUGUUUAUACUGCUUAAUUCUUUUUUAGAUAUGGGUAAAAAUUCAUUAAUCUAUCUUAAAUUUACAAAGUCGACCUCUCUUCCAGACCAAGCAACUAGCUAAAAUUGUAAUUAAAUAAUUUACUUUCAAUGAAAAAACUAGAAGAUAUGUCCAUUUAAUAAAUUGCUAAUUAAUAAGACGCUUUUGGGCUAAAAGAACUUUCAAGUGCUCUAUUAGGUGAGGACUCUUUUUAGGAGUAAGUUGAGUUAUUAGAAAAGUUAGAAGUCAUUCUUUAAUAUAAAAAUAAUAAUUUGAAGCUUUCUUCCUUUUUAGAUUUGAGAGAUUUAGUGGACGAAGACAGUACAGAUAUCAUCUCAUUACUCAUUAAGCUCAACAAUUACAACGAUCUCUUAGGCAUGAUUUCUGAUUAUAAAAAGGCCAUGGAAAACAAACCUUUACUUUAGUUUAUCAAGGAAACUUUUCAAUUUAUCAAGUAAAAUAUGAAUAGAUCUUAGAUUGUGAUAGAUUUAAAUGACUGUGUUAAUGAUUUUGACAAGAUUUAAAAUAUUUCUUAAACAUUUGAUAAAAAGAAGCAAUUUAUUUCUCUGACUUGCUAAAUUAUUGAAGAAGGAUAGUUUGCCUUAGUAUUUGAUGAAAAAGAUUCUAAUAUAACGGUAAAAAUUUAAUGUGAAAAAGAGUACAGUGAAAUAGAAAUGAGGCAAAUUUGCUCUAAAAUAAUUCUAGAGUAAACUACAAAAACAAACAAUUUAAUAGCUGCUGCCUAAGCUAAUAUAUAGAAAUAAUGUAAAAAAUAAAACAGAUAUUAGAAUAAAACAGUUCAUACUAGAGAAGAAAGAGAUUUCCUAAGCUAUUUAUCAAAAAAUAAAUUUAACCCCUAAGAUGACAUUAAUAUUUAAAUAAAUAGCCUUUAAAAAGAUACAGAUGAAGAAGAACUUGAAAAAGAAAUAGAAAAAUUGAAACUUAAAAUGUAAAAAUUUAGAGAUCAAUGGUUUGAAAUUGAAUAAAUAAAAGAAAUUAUUUUAAAUUCAAUUAAAUAUGGUUGUUAUUCAUUUUUGAAAAAAAAUCUCUCUUAUGACAACAGAAAUGGAUAGUAUUAAUCCACAUAUAUCAAAAUGAAGGAAGAUGUCAAAGCCUUUUAAAAAAAUUUAGAUUCCUGGUAGAGUUAAAUGCAAUAAGCGUUCAAGCAAUAUCCUUAGCUGACUCUAAUAGGUUUUUUCCACUUCAGAGAAAUUAUGAAGUGUUUGAGAAGAUAAAUUCUAUCGUUUUCUCCAGACCUAAAGGGAAUACUCUAACAAAUAGGAGUGGAAGAAAAUGAAUUAGCAUAAAUCAAUUCAAAUAAUAAUAUUCUAGAUGAUAAUAAUAUGAUUAUUGAAAUAGGAAAAUUCCUAAGUAAGAAACUUAUAACUUCACCAUAAUUAUUUGGAAGUUAAGGGAAAAAAAUAUUUUAGAUUAAAUGCUAAGGCAGCUAAAUUAUUGAAAUACUAGUUUAAAGAAUCAAGUAAUCUGCCUCUCAUGUUUAGUAUUAUCAGUGCUUUUAUUAUGACACUCACUCUACAAUUUAAGAUUUAGAGCUAUUUAUGUACAGAUUCUAAUAUUUAUCUCUAAAUCCAAGCGGAAACGAAUAUUUCCUUAUUCUCAAUAAAAAAUUGGACAUGAACUUUUUCAACUAGCUCAAUGAAAUUUUACAAUAACUGCAUUUGAAAUAAGAUAAAGGACAGAAUAGCUUGUAUAUCUUAGCAAACAAAGACAUUAUCUAAGAAGAGAUCAUUAUGAUCCCAUAUCUAUCAGUUGAUCAAAUUUUAGAGCCAGAAAAGAAUAUUGUAGAUUUUAGCUCAAAUUAAUUUAGAAAUGCAAAGAAAUAUAUUAAUUUCAUUUAUUCUGACUAUCCUGGAGCUGGUAAAACCUUUUAAAUUCAUCAAAAUAAUGGACUAAUCAGAGUUCCAACUAAUGGCAGUAGUAAUAAAAUAGAUUUUAUUCAGCUAUUAAGAGUUAAAUUAAAUGAUAAAAACACAAAUGCUUAAUACUCAAUUCAUCUGGACAUGUACGAAAUGCCUGAGUUAGAUUUAAAUUAUCUUCUAUUUGAGUUAAUAUUCUUUAAUUCACUUAGCAUUCACUCUAAAAAGUAUGUAUAUAUUGGAAAUCAAGUUAAUUAUUAUAUUGAAAUUUAAAACAGUCUCAACCAUGAAUUCUUAAAAAAUUUAAAUAUCAAAAAUUAUUUUAAUUAGAAAAAAAUUGAUUUCAAUAUUUAGCAAUAUCAAAUUUAACAUCAUGAUUUGACUCAAGAAGAGUGCAUUUAUUAAUUUAUGUGCUAUAAAUAUCUUUCAGUUAUGUAAGCAAACUAAAGAUAUCAGAACUACUUAGACAAGACAAACUUGUCUAAUUAAAAUUAUAAAAAAAACGAUUAAAGCUACAAAAAUGAUUUUUAAAAUCUCCUACAGACUUUUUUUAUAAGCAAAAUAUAACAGCAGAACAUUUAACCAUGUUUUUAUAAAUUAUCACACUUUGUAAAGUUGUUUGGUUCAGAGAUGAAUAAGUUUGAAAAAUGUUAUUUUGUUGAGUUUGGCCUUCUUCAGUAAAACAGUCCUGAUCUACUUAAUUUAGGAUUACGUACAUAUAUUUUAACUACAUCUUACAACCUAUGUUUAGCCGUAUCGGUAAAUAAAAUUAACAAGUUAAACUUAAUAGAAGGUAGUAACUUGACAAAGGCAUAAUAAUUACAUAAUAAAGCUUAAUCAAUAGAAAAAUUUAAUAGUAACAUGAUGAACUUUGUAACAUUUUAAGAAUAGGAGAAUCCUUGUAUUACAACUUUCUUUGAUAAGUAAUAGUAAGUUCCUAAGUGCAUUAGUUAAUUAUUUGAGUAGUAAAAAGAAAAUAUGAUCUUUUUUGAUUAGUAAAACAGACCUGAAGCCCUGCUGAAAUGGUUAAUCAUGUUAAUUCAUCAAAAUGUUUCAAACAUGUAUGGAGAUACAAGGAGCAUUGAAUUUACCAACAUACUUCAUAAUAAUUUAUAGAAUUUAGUUCAAAGAAUAACUAUUCAAAAAGAUAAUUUCUUUAAAAUAGCUAUGAUUUUCAUGAGAAUAAGAUCAAAUACACCAGUUAUUAUCAUGGGAUAAUCUGGAAUAGGAAAAACAGCUUUAAUAGAGCUCAUGUCUUUAAUUAUGGAUGCUAUUUUCAUCACUAUGAAUAUACACGCAGGAAUAACUGAAAGAGAUGUUAUAAAUAAAAUAAACGAAAUAUAAACCAAAUAUAACUCAAGCCAAAAGAUUAUUCUCUUUUUUGAUGAAGUGAAUACAAAUAAAUUGAUUGGAGGGCUGUUUAAAGAGAUACUUGUUGAUAGAUGCAUUAAGGGUUAAACGAUUAGGAAAAAUAUAAUACCUAUUGCUGCUAUAAAUCCUUAUAAACUUAAAAGCUUAAAGUAGUAGUAAAUGAUUAAUUUACAAAUUCAUGGAGGAAUCAAGAAAGAUUUAGUGGAUAAAAUAAAAAAUACAGAUUUAGAAUAUAUGGUUGAACCUAUUCCAGAAAGUAUGUACAAUUUUAUUUGGAAUUUUGAUAGUCUAGAUAAAUAGGAUGAGAGAAAUUAUAUUACAUAGAUGCUCAUUUUAAUGAAUUAAAUUAAACUAAAGAAAAGAGCAUAUUAAACUCAUCAAUUUAAAAAAGAAUAACUUUAAUAAGUAUCUGAAGCAGUAUUCUUCGCUCAAGAGACCAUUAGACAAGAAAUGGGAUAUUAAAGUGCUUGUAGUUUGAGAGAUGUUAGCAGAUUUAGCAAGAUACUUUUUUGGUUUAUAAAAAAUCUUCAAAUAUUUUAAUCUUAUGGAUUAAAGAUACCUUCAAUAACUGAUUAUGCUAUUUGUUUAUCUUUCUUUAUAAACUAUGCUGUUCGUCUACCUCUGAUUGAAUAAAGAUAAACAUUCCUCACAAAUUGUGCUUAAAAACUAUCAAUAAAAGCUAAUAAUUUGUUUUAAAUAAUUCAUGAAGUGCUUACAUACUUAACUGAUUAAACUGAAGUUCCUUAAGGUAUUGUAAAAAAUUCAGCCUUAAAGUCUAAUAUAUUUACACUAUUUGUAUGCAUAAUGAACAAAAUUCCAAUUGUACUGAUAGGACCUCCAGGAUGCUCAAAGUCUCUUUCUAUUGGCAUUUUAGUAAAGACUAUGAAAGGUGAGUAAUCAAAGAGCCUCUUCUUUAAAAAAUAUAAGACAAUUAUGCAGCUAUUUUACCAAGGCCACAUACAGAGCACCUCUGAAAGAAUUUAAGAAGUUUUUGAAAACGCCAUGCAAAAGUAAAACAAAAUCAUAGAGUAGAAGUAAAGCAAGAAGUAUCUUUCUUUAGUGUAAAUUGAAGAAAUCGGGUUAGCAGAAAUAUCUCCUCAUAAUCCUCUUAAAGUUUUGCAUUCUGUUCUUGAAAAGCCUAAGAUAUCCGUAGCUUGUAUAUCUAAUUGGCCUCUAGACCAAUCUAAAAUGAAUAGAAUGCUAGCAGUUUACAGGUUAAAUAUUAAUGAAAACGAAUUAAAUGAAACUAUUCAAUGCAUUUAGAUUCAGAUGAUUGAAAAUCAAAAGGAUGUUUUUGUUAAGGAAAGAUUGAAAAAAAAUGCUCUCUCAGAAUAAACUAUGGGUGUAAUAUCUAAAAUUUAUUUAAAGUAUCUAGAGCUGUUAAAAAAAAUAGAAUCUGGCAAAUAUGAACAAUUUCAUGGUUUGAGAGAUUUCUACUCAAUGGCUAAACUUAUUUGCUAUAAACAAAUAUUUAUUUUUUAGAAAGAUUUGUUUGAUGAUAAUAAUAAAAACAUGGUAAAUUCGAACUAACUUAUAGAAAGAAUAAUAAUAUCUUUUGCAAGACAUUUUUCUGGCUUAAAAGUAUCUAAGUAAUUGAUUAGAUAAGCUGUUGAAACUAUUUAUCCCUAGACUCAGAAGUUUAAUGCAUUUUAAAAUAUGUUAUCAGACUUAAAUCUAAUUGAUGAAAAUCUUAAUGAGAAUACUGAUCACUAUUUAUCAAGAAAUUUGAUGAUUAUUACUGAGAAUCCUUAAUUUGCAACAGAUUAUAUAAGCAGGAGACUUACUGCUUUGAAAAGGCCAUACAAACUCUUGCUUGGUGGAGACUUCAGCUAAGACUAAAGCACAGAAAAUUCUUAUUCAAUAAUAAAUUAGAUUAUUAGUUGUGUUGAAUCUGGCAUUGCUGUUGUAUUACAAAAUCUUGAUAACAUUUAUUAAAGCUUAUAUGAGCUGCUCAACCAAAAUUUCAGGGAAUUAAAUGGUAAACCAUAUUGCAAAAUAUCUUUUGGAGCAGACAGCAGUAAUAUAUAAAUUGGCAAAGGAUUCAAGUUGAUACUGAUUCAGUAGAUGAGCUAAAUUCACAGAAUGGAUGGACCAUUAUUGAAUCGUUUUGAAAAGCACAUGUUCGAUGAAGGUAUGACACUUGAUCAGAAAGGAAAUAAGGUUAAAGAAGAUGUCUAUGAGUAUUUUAAAUAAUUGGUUGAAUAAUUCACAUUCCAAAAUUUCUAAGAUGCUAUUUAAACUUUAGUGAUUUAACAAAGAGAAAUAAAUUAGUAAUCAGAAAAUAUAGACUUAUCUCUGGAAAAUGAUUAAAUCAUCUAAAUCUUGUACAGAUUAAUCCCUCUCUCUAGGUCACUAAGUUACAUUAAUGAGAAAGAUAAAAUUUUUAAGUAAAAAUUCUUUGAUUCAAAGUACUAUUUUAGCUUAGAAGAAUUCAUCAAAAGGAGAAUAUUAGAUGUUUAGUAUAGAUUUGAAAAUAUCAAUAACUCAAACUUAAUUACAAUUUAUUCUCCAAGUUUUUGCAUUUCUACUAAAUUGCCAUAGGUAAAGAAAAGAAUUUAAUUACAGGAAAUUGAAUCUUAGUAAAAAUUAGUAGAUACUCUUAGUUAAUUCUUCAAGGAAGAGUUAGAUUCAUAUAAUCUUCAAUAGAUGUAAUUUGAAGAUCAUGGUGCAAAGAUAAUUUUAGUUGUAACUGAUAUGCUUACUGAUACUUAUGAUAGAUUAGUCCUUGUGAGAUAAAAAAUCACUGAGGCAUUUAUAUAUAUGCAAAAAUAAUUGCCAUAAGAGAUUUCUAAGAAUUACUUCGCUGUGGUCACAGUCAAAACUCACGAUCAAUUUAGCAUUUUGCCUUUCUAAAAUAUUUGGGAAUAAUAUUAUUUAGAAGAUUUAUUCCCACUUAAUUUCAUACCUAUUAAAUACAUUGAGUUGAAAGAGUAAUUUAAUGUGCAAAUGCUUUUAGAAAAAAGGUCAGAAAAUUUGCUUAAUGUGGUCAAUUUAGAAAAAUUUAUGGAUUACUUUGUCACUGUUUAAGAAAACAUUACUAACUCUUACACAUUAAUUGAAUAUAAACAGAUUAACAGAGAAAAGUACAGAACUAUAAGGUUAUCUCAGUUGUGGGGAAUUUUUAAAAAUCAGAAACUUCAACAAAUAGUUUCUCUAUUCAUGUAAGUAGCCCAAGCAAGAAUCAGAGAUAGACUUUCAGUUCUUGGAGUAUAAACUGUUGAUGAUUUUCUUUAAAAGUGCGUCUUAUAAAAGAAAUUUAUUUAACAAAGGCAGAGCUUGUCAAAAGCUUUUUGGCUUGGGUUUAAUGAAAUUGCAUAUCAAGGACUUGCUUUAGUCAUCUUUGUUCUAGAAAAAUAUAAUUUGUUAAAUAUGAUAUAUGAUCAAUCUAAUAACAAUUAAGCUCUGAAAGUUAUUCAAAAUAAACUGUUUGAAAUCUUUGAUUUAAGUGUCAAACAUUUUGAUGCUGCAACCGGAAUUUACAAAGAAUAAAUAAAAUUCAAUAAUUUCGAAAACACAAAUAGAUUUGAAGUAGAUACUGACAAGCUUGAUCUAUAAUUUUAUGAAAGUGAAAAAAUAUAUAGCAUUAUAAAUAGCAUAAUAGCAAAUGUUGAUCUAUCAAUUAAUGGAAUAACCCAAAAUGAAUAACAGGAGACAAGCAAAUUAAAUAAAUUUUAAGAAAUUUGCUCUUAAAUUAAAAAAAGUCUUUAAUAGUUGUGCAAAUAAAGCGAUCUCGAGGCAUGUGCUUCGCUAAAUGAACUAUUCUUAAAUGAUUUUUACAAAUAUUUGAAGUAAAACAUCACUCAAUAUCAAAAAAAUAUAUUAAUUUGGUUGCUUCAUUCUCCUUAAUUUAAUUUGAAUAAAAAUAAUCUGGAAUAAGUUAUAUAACAGACUGCUUUUUGUUACUUUUACAGCAGUGAUUUAGUAAAAAUUGAAAAUAUUAUGUCCCAGUUUGAACCAUUUUUAUCUGUGUAAAAAAUCAUGGAGGAAAAUAUAAAUUAAAAUAAUAAUCCUGCAAAUAUAAGAAAUUUCUUAAGAUAUUUGGUCAGCAAGAUCUAUUAAUCUAUUCAGCCUAGUAAAUAGGUAUUUUAAAUAGUCAAAUUGAACAAAAUUGACUAUGAAUAAAUAAUCAGCUAGUUAGUCUAGUUUAUUGAUUUGUAUUAACUACAAGUAAAGUAAGAGGAUAUCCUGAAGAUAAAGCAAGAACUUUUACUUCUCUCUUGCUUUAUUGAGGAAAUUAUCAAAGGACUUUCUGUCAAUUUAAAAAUACUUAAUUUCAUAAACCUUGAAUUCUUCUAAAAUUUAGAAGAAUUGUAUUUACAUGACCUCAAAAUACAAUUGAAAAACCUUUAUCAACUAGAUUUGAGUAUGUAAUCAGAAAUACUAAGUGAAAAAGAAUUUGAAUUUCCUGCUGAUUUGUUUAAUUAAGAUAACAAAUAAACAGAUUUUGAACUCAAGUGGAAUAAAUUCUUGCUUGAAAUUAUUUACAGUGCUAUUAAAUGCAGAGAAAGAGAAUAUUGUCCUGAUUUCACAAAGUAACUUUUUACCAUAGUUGGUUAAAUAGAAUCAUUUUAUGUAAAUAACAAUCAAGAAUUCCCAACAAAUAUUUUAAUCAAAUUUAAUCUAAUUAUGAACGAGCUUUCCUUUUCUAUCAAAUCAGAAGAAAAGCUAGUAAAUAUCUUUUAAACUGAUUUAUAAAAAAGAUUAAUUGAAAUUUAAUCUACUGAAUAUCGUUACAUGGUAAUCUUCUCUAAUGCAAUCUAAUAAAACAUUAUUAAAAAUUCAAUAACCACUAUUUCAUCUAGUUAAUAUCUUUUACCGAUUCUCUAUAACUGCUAAUUAAAAGAUUUAACAUAGAUGUAAAAACUAAUUUAUAUGGCUGUAUUCAGGCAUGUGGUGUAACAUUUAAUCGGUUUGAUCAAUAAAAAUGUCACAUAGUAUAGACAAAUCGACUAUGACUUAAAACAAUUCUUUACAAACAUGACAGAUUCUAAUUUACAAUUAUAUCUUGCAAAAUCGUUCUACAAUCAGUACAAAUAAGGAGAUAUUAUGCAGCAAAAGAUGAAUUUGUCUCCAUAUUUCAAAGAUUGUACUUGGCUUAAAUAGAUUUCUAAAGCAUUUUAAGGUUUGCUUUCUUCUUCAUUUUUAAGUGAGGUGCAAAUGAAAGACUACAAAGAAUUUUUUGAAAACAAAAAUGACCAUAUUAAAAAUAUCCUAAAAGUAUAUUUAGAAAAAAAAUUAAAGCAGUCUCAAAAUGUUUUUGGAAACAUAUUUAAUGGCAUAUUAAAUAAAAAUUCACAUUACCCUUUCAUGAUGUACAACAAUAUAUAUUUAUUCCACAGAGAUUCCUAAAGAAACACUCAACUUUAUCAGUGCAUUAACUGUAAAGAAUAUAUUUUUUCAGACGCAUGUCCACAUCUAAAAUCUGUUUACCCAUGUUUGUAAUGUGGUAAAUUGAUCUAAUUGGGUAAUUAAAACACUACUCAAGUAUUAACUGAAGCUCAUAAAAAACCUGAUUAGUUAGAAAAUAUAAAAAUUAAUAACUAAUGGACAGGUUUUUAUAUUAAGUUAGAAGACGACAUGCCUACUUUUAAAUUAGAUUAAGGAACAAGUCUUGACUUUAGAAUUUUUGCUUUAAUAUAUUACUAUUCUUUGUUAUUAGCAUUUCAGUUGAAUAAAAAAUAUAACUCUUCUGUAAGUAUGCAAGUGUAUAAUAUGAAGUCAUAAGGUGAAAUAAGUGUAUAAACAAAAGAAAUUAAUAGGAAUUUAAGAAUACAUUAUGAAGCAGAUCCUGUAAAAUACAUGAACGAAUAAAUAGAUAUAGCUCUUAACCAUAUAACUAGUAAUAUGAAAUAAAUGUAUAAUCUAUCCGAAAGCGAAUAGACAAUUAUUUUAUUUAAAAUCAUAAAUGAGUUAAUCACCAACAACCAAAUUAAAGAAUGCAAUUAAUAACAAAGGGCAAGUUUGAAUUCCUAAUUUUCACAAUAGAUUAUUGCAAUAAUAAAGAAAUCAUAAUAAGUUAUACUUAAUUCAAAGUGCGAACAAGUUCCAGUAAUUUUAGAAAAAGACAAUCCGAAUGAUAACUAAAUUUCUUAAAAUUAUUUAAGAAAUCUAAGAGCAACUGAGUUAAAUCUGUCUAGCUCAUUUAUACAGUCAUAUAUAAAGUAAAAUUCAAAGAAUGAUGAAUUGAAAAUCUUGAAAGAAUUUUUAGACUUGCCUAAAUUUGAAUAUCUAUCAAAGUCUCUUAAGUCCUUCGUAUAUUUCACUUAGUAAAUAAAUAGUCUCUUCAUCAAGAAAUUCACAAAAAAGAAAGCUUAAGAAAUAACUCUUUUUGAAGCACUUGGUAAUUAAAAAAAUCACUCCCUGUACAAGUAUUAUACAGAAUAAAUCAUACCAAACUGGAAAGAUAUUAAAGAGAGAGAAAUUGAGUACCAAAUAGGCUGCCAGUCCCAUUAAAUUUAGCAAAUUACUGAAAAGACCAAAUUAAGUGACUUGCUUUUUACAGGAGAUAAAUAAUUCGGAUAAUUCCCCAAUGUCUUAGAGUUAUUAGUCAAUUAAUAGAACAAUUUUAUCAAUAAAAUAUAUCAGCUGGUUAAGCUAGAAAAACUUGAGGAAUUUCCUAGACUUAAAAAGCUAGUUUAUAAUAUUCUUAUUGAUCAUUCUUCAAAAGAGCAAGAUAAAUUAAAUGAACUGCCAAUUUAGAAUAUUGAUUGCUCGAAGAAUAUUAUGAAAUCCUUUGAUGGAAAUAUUUACAUGCUUUAUUUUUUAAGUAAUUUAGAGUAUGGAAGAGGUUUUAGUUAUAUUUUUGAUUUUAGACUACUUUAAGAAGAAUUGAUAGAGUAGGUACUUGACGGAGCAGUGCAAAUUAAUUUAGAAUCAAGCUAAAAGUUUUUCUUUUUAUCAGAAAUCAACCAAAUAGGCUUGCUAUCUAAUAACCUUAUUGAGCAAGAGUAAAUCUCCUAAUAAAUGAAAAAUAGAAUAUAAGGCUUAUUCUAAAACAAAACUCAGGUUUAUGAAUUGCUUUAGCAAUUAUCAACUGUUUUCUAAAUGUUUAAAUCAGAAAAAAAUCAAGGAAAUCUUUCUAUUGAUUCUGCGCUUUCGUAGCUUUAAAUAAGAUAAUAAGAUAUCAAAAUCAAGUAAUGUUUAGAAGAUCUAAAAUUGGUACACUUGAACGACAUCAUCAAAUGCUUGGAAGAGAUGAAUAUGGAUGAGUUAGUAGAGUUAUGUAACCCUGCUUACCAGAUUGUAAUAACUGAAAAAGAGUUAUAGCCAAUAAUAUCAUUUAUAGAUAAAUCAGUAACUUUGAUAAACUUCAAAAUAGCUUUAGGGAGGUUUAUACUAAGGUGUUUGAGCUAGGAUAAUGAAAAUAUUAGCCCAAAAGGAAGUCUUUUCGAAUAGAUUUUCUAUUUAGAUAUUUAUGAAGAGCUUUGGAACGAUACAACUAAUGUCGAAGCAUAAUAUGAAAAUGCAAUGAAGCACAAGGUAACAAUAGGAUAGUCGUAUCACGUGUAUAAGCAUAUUAGAAAUAAAUUAAACAUAAAGAAUUAAUAAUUUUCAAGUAUUUUCUAAAUAAAGUAAGAUGCUCCUAAAAAUAGUAACAAAAAUCAAAACAUGAUGAUGAUGGAUAAUUUUUCUGACGAUGUUUACAAAAAGAAUAUCAAAGACAUCUAUAAAUGA